AUGAUUUUUCAUGUUGACUCUACAAAGAAACCUGAGGAAGGUAAUCGGAAGAUGACAGGAAAAGGUUAUCCGGUGAAGGGUAGUGAUGAGGUCAGUGGGAUGAGCCGAUUGAUUGUUAAAGGAUUACCAUCGAACUGUACUGAGGAAAAAUUGCGAAAUCAUUUCAAAAGAUUUGGCAAAAUCACUGAUUGCUCACUGAAGUAUACAAAAGAUGGAAAAUUCCGUCGUUUUGCAUUUGUUGGAUUUGAAACAGAUGGAAAUGCGCAAAAAGCAUUUGAGAAUCUGCACAAUACAUUUAUGGGAGCAUCACGACUAACGGCUAAAGUUGUAGCUGUUUUGGAAUUGGAAUUAGACUGCAUGAAUAUAGAAGAGUGUAAGCCAUUUGGUGAUGAGACAAAACCAAGGGCAUGGAGUAAAUAUGCUAAAGGAAGCAGUGCUUACAAACGUUUGCAUCCUGAGGAGGAAGGCGAGAAAUCGAAGGAGAUCGUUUCAAUAAAAAACAGUUCACCUUCGGCCAAAAAAAUGAAAAAAGAAAAUAAUAAAGAAUUUUAUGAUUUCGUUCAAGUGCAAAAGGGCGCACUGCCAAUUGCAAGUAGCAGUAAUGAUGAAAAUAACUGCAGUAGUCUAAUGAAGGAGUUACUCUCUGGAAUCAGUGGAGACACAUCAUUAUCACUUAUAAUACAUGGUCUUCCGAAAACUAUAAAAACGAAAGGAAUUAAAGAUUGGUUCAGUCCUAUCAAGUUAAAGGGAGUAAAAAUUAUGCAUGGUUCAACUGAAGCUAUUGCUUUCGUAACAUUCUUUCGAGAAUCUGAUGUGACAAAAGCAUUGCGACGAAAUGGACAGUUCUUAGGUGGUUCCAAACUGGAAAUAACAAAAGUGCCAAUUGAUCGAUUUUCUAAUAGAAAUAUGGAAGAUUAUAUUCAUAAGACAAGGGAAGCAGAAAUUGAAGCAACUGUGGCAAAGAUCCUUGAAACUGGAAGGCUCUUCGUCCGAAACCUGCCCUAUGUGUGCAGUGAUGAAGACUUGCGGUACCUCUUUAAAAGAUAUGGUGAAAUAUCUGAUUUGCAAGUGAUUGUAAGCAAAAAAACGGGACAAUGUAAAGGAUUUGCCAUUGUCACAUAUGUUUUUCCAGAAUCUGCUGUUGCAGCAUUCUCAGCAUUGGAUGGUUCCAUUUUAAAGGGAAGAAUGCUUCACAUUUUACCGGGAGAAGAGAAGCGUGAUGUGGAAGAAAUUGGCAUUACUGGUAAAUCGGCGUUUCAGAAAGCAAAAAUUGCAAAACUAAAGAAGGAGGCUGGAAAAUCUCAUUCGUGGAAUACACUGUUCCUUGGAGCUAACGCAGUUGCUGAAACAUUGGCUGAAAAAUUAGACGUAGAAAAAAGUGAUUUGCUGCUUGGGCAGGGAGAAAUAAGUGCCGGUGUGCGUCUGGCACUUGCGGAGACACAACUAGUCAGUGAAACUCGACAAUAUCUGUUGGCUAAUGGUAUAUGUCUGGAUGUUUUUUCACGUCCUGCAGCAAAAAGAAGUAAUACUAUUAUUAUCAUCAAAAACUUGACCCCCAAGGUUGAUACUGAUGAAUUGAAAAGAAUGUUCGCAAGACAUGGCCCCGUAAAACAAAUAUUGAUGCCUCCAGGGGGUAUCACUGCUAUCUUAGAGAUGGAAAAUUCAGUUGAUGCUCAGAAAGCAUUUAACGCACUUGCGUACACUCGAUUUCGUUCGAAACCGUUGUUCCUUGAAUGGGCACCGUGCGAUUUAUUCAAAUUAAGAAACUCUGAAAGCAACGAUGAAGAUAAAGAUCAAAAACAAGACAAUCUUGAAAUUGAGGCUGCAAUGAAAAACAAUAAGUACUCAGUCGAAGACAAGAAGAAACUGAGACGAAGCAAGAAACACCGUUUGAUUGAAGAAACCGUGGAUGUUACAGAGUCACAAGAAAAAGGCAUGAAAACCUUAGUAAACAAUAUAAUAACAUUCUCAACAGUGAUGAAGGAAAUCAUCGAAUCGGCCGGAGCAAUCAAGAAUGAAGAGAUAGAGAAAAAUGGAGACGUGCAACAACAGGCCGAUGUAGAAGAGGACAUCGCUAAAAUUAAAAAAGAGGACAAAAAUAACGACACCAAAGAGGAAAAUGACAUACUAUUACCAGAAACAACAUUAUUUGUAAAGAAUUUGAGCUUCAGAACAACUGACGAAGGACUGAAAAAUAAAUUUGAAUCACGAUUUCGUAUACGAUCUGCUAUUGUUUCCAGAAAACGAGAUGCUGCAGAUCCUACGAAGGCACUUUCAAUGGGAUUUGGUUUCGUUACAUUUUAUCAGCCGGAAGAUGCGCAGCAAGCUAUUAAAGAAAUGCAGGGUGUUUUAUUGGAUGGCCAUUGCUUGAUGUUAAAAUUAUCCCACCGAGAAGUUGUACCUAAUAAGAUUAUAGCAAGGAAAGGAGUUGAUGAGUUGGAGCAGGGAGAUGCUACCAAGAUUUUGAUCAGGAACAUACCUUUUCAAGCAACUCGAAAGGAAGUCAAACAACUUUUUGCAACUUUUGGUGAAAUUCGCUCUUUCAGAAUGCCGAGAAAAGUUGGUGCAUCAGCGGAAGGUCAUCGUGGAUUCGGCUUUGUUGAUUUCUUAACUCGCGCUGAUGCACGACGUGCAUUUAAUGGUUUAGUUCAUUCAACUCAUUUCUAUGGUCGGAGAUUAGUUUUAGAAUGGGCUAAGCCCGACAGUAGCUUGGAAGAACUUCGAGAGAAAGCUGCUGCUAAUGUGAGCAGUAACAAGCGGCAAAUUCCACUGCAGAAGAAAAUGAUGAAAAAAAUUGAACAAGAUUUAACAGUGAUCGAUGAUAACUGA